AUGGUAAAAAACUGUGAGGCCGAAGCAAGAGAAGAAGAGAGCAGAAAUGGAGAAAGGGGACGAGGAGAUUGAGAAGAUAUGCAAGAGGUGCAAGCAGAGCUACAUCGCCUCCUCUAACACCUCUUCUUCUUGCUGCUUUCAUCCUUCUUUCUUCGUCUGCCGCCGUCACGAUGACCAGAAAAGGUACUAUGAGUUGGGACCAGAUGAUCCACCCUAUGAUGCCAAGUUCUAUGACUGUUGUGGGGCCGAGGACCCAAACGCAUCUGGCUGCACCACCAGUUUCCAUGUCUCAUAUGAUGAUGACUGAUGUAUAAUUUCUUAUCUUCCAUAUUCUACAUCUUCUGUAAAGACGAAAUAUGUAGAGGACUCUAUUCCUUCUUGAUAUAAAUUUGAUGGUUAUGAUGAGAAUUUGCUGGCAAAUUUAUGAUCUCCUUACAGUUUUACUGCCCUUCAUAUUUUAUGUUGUUAAAUAUGGCUUCAAAUUUCAGUAAAUUACUAUUCCUUCU